AGCCUUUUCUUUUUGUUUCUGGCCUUGUCACAGUGCAGUCAAAAUUUUAAUUUUAAGUUAAGAAAUCUGAUAAAGAGGAGUGAGCGAGCGGUCUUUCUAUCCCUGUCGUAAAGCGAAAAACCGACAACGACAAAUUAAUCUCAUCCACUUCUCAUAAAUUCCAUUACUCCGUUUUCCGGUGACCGGCCGGCGAUCUCAAUCUCCACAAAUUCCGACAGAUAAUUAAAUCGAGCUGGCUUCCCAUAUUUUGAGACGAUUCUUCCCAGCUCGAUCUAGAAGAACGACGUCGUUCCCCACUCUACUACCUCUGCCUCGAACUACUCAUACUCAUUCAAUGGAUCUCAAUCCUUUUAAGUUAUGUUCUGGACUUAAAGUUCUUGGCUAUUUCAUGAUCCUUAUCGUUUUUGCUAUUGUUGCGCUUUCGUACUAUGCCGUUGUUGUUCUUACCUGGGGUCCUCAUCUACUUGAUGGUGGCUUCACCUCAUUCUUAUCGUUUGUCAUUAUUAUCACCUUUCAUAUCCUUCUUGUAUUGCUAAUGUGGAGCUAUAUUAAGGUAGUAAUUCAGGACCCUGGUUCUGUCCCUGAAAAUUGGAAACUAGUAUCAGAGCAGAACAUAGAGGAGGGUAACUCAGUUGCUUUGUCUGAUUAUGCAUCAAUCGAGAACCCUACUCCAACAUUAUCAACUGACCAGAUAGAAAGAAGACAGUCACAGUCUAGAGGAUAUUGCAGUAAAUGCCACAAUGGCAAGCCACCACGUUGUCAUCAUUGUUCUGUUUGUCAAAGAUGUGUUCUUAAGAUGGAUCACCACUGCAUAUGGGUUGUCAAUUGUGUUGGGGCUCGCAACUACAAGUUUUUUCUCCUCUUUGUGAUGUACACAUUUUUGACAACAACAUUGGACACUCUUGUACUGCUGCCCAGUUUUAUAAAAUUCUUUCGGCAAGCCAUGAAUCAUUCAUUAUCCCCAGGCAAUAUUGCAGUCAUUUUUCUAGUCUUUGUUCUCAAUCUAGCAUUUUCACUCAGUCUUCUCUGUUUUGUAAUUAUGCAUGCAUCUCUUCUCUCAAGUAACACCACUUCGGUGGAGGUUUAUGAGAAGAAAAAAACUGUGCAGUGGAAGUAUGACCUGGGCUGGAAAAGGAAUUUUGAACAGGUUUUUGGCGCAAAUAAAGCAUUAUGGUUUUUUCCAUUGUUCUCAAAGAAAGAUUUGGAGAACAUACCGGCACUACAUGGACUGGAAUUCCCGACACGUUCAGAUGCUGAAGAAUGAGUUCUUAAAUAGGGAUGUACAUAGAACUUUGUAUCAUUACACCAGACAAUGCAACAGCGGAUAUUAGAGUAGGCAGUUUCCUAGUAAUGUACCAUCAAUUAAUUGAUUGAUAUUUCAAAUUUACAUUAGGAGCUUGUGGGUCUAUGUUAUUAAUAUGUAAAAUGUUCUGUAACAUAAUUCUGAAAUAUGUCUUUGUAUGAAAGCACAAAAACU